CGUAGAUUUGUUUUUGUAAAUAAUAUUAAUUGUUGUGAAAACAAUAAUUGUUACUGUUUGGGAAAACUGAUCUGGAGGUUGUUUUGUGAAGCUGUUAGAAAGGGCCUAACGAGCGCCACAGGGGGGGUUUAACCACUUCUACUGUGAACGGUAAAGGUCGAAUUAGAAAGGAAAGAAGAAAGGGAAAUACGUGGGACUAUUACAAUAUAACAGGUGUCCCAUAAAGAAUGGGACUUUUUGUUUUCGCUAUAACUCCGUCAGUUUUUAUUCGAUCGGAUCAAAUUUUUUAAAAAGAUUCGCCAUUCAAUUCUCUACAAGAUUAUGUGUUUGCUUACUUUUUAGGUUUUUUUUGUUUACUUUCUAGAUAAUGAAAAGUAAAGAUUUUCAAAAUUUAGUACUUUCUAAGCAUCAAAAUGGCGAUACGCCGACAAAGAUUUAUCGUGAUUUGAAAGGUGGCAUCGGUCGAGGAACAGUUUUCAGGUGGUGUACUAUGAUCAACAAGACAGGCUCUAUCCAGUUGACACAUUCACAAGAUCAUACAAGAGUGAUUCGUACAAAAACCAUGGUUCAAAAGCGUUUGAGACGCAAGAAAAAAGUGUCAAUUAGAAAAUUAGCAAAAAAUGAACUUGAUAUUUCAAGAACAAGUGUCUGUCGCAUUCUCCAAACUGAUCUAGGGUUACGUGCGUACAAAUUAAGAAUUGAACCACCAAUGACAGAUUUACAUAAAGUCAAAGAAUCAAAUUUGCAAAUUGAGUUAGUAACAAUUUCAACAAAGAACAAACAUUGA